GGUCAAAAAAGUUAGUUGGUGAAAAAAAAAACGAAGAUAUUUUCGCUCGGUGACAGUCUGUUUGUUCUCUUCACUCGUUGCCUCUCCUAUCUCUCACACCUCUCUCUCUCUCUGCGAAUAGAUCCAGCAAUGGGUUCCUUCGUCGAAUCCGGUUGGCAGGUACCUCAUAUCUCCAUUCUCCUCCCUGUUUCCGAUUCCCUAGUGUUCAUCGAUUAAUUACAUGUUGUCUCCGUCUCUUCGCUUACUUUCACUUCGCCACAUUGUGAUUACAUGCGCGAUUUAUUUCACUUGUGAUCCGCUGCGGCUCUUGGAUUGAUUCGAUCCAUCGGAUUAAAAUUACCUUGUGACGCAUUUUAGCGACUUUCAACUGGCCUGCAUCGGGAGUUUCCUCCUCCAUGAAAGCGUCUUCUUCUUAUCUGGUCUCCCUUUUAUUUACCUCGAAAGACAUGGCUUUCUCACCAAGUACAAAAUUCAGGCAAAAAACAACACACCUGCUGCUCAAGGAAAAUGUAUCACUCGCCUGUUGCUUUAUCAUUUCUGCGUGAAUUUGCCCCUCAUGAUGGCUUCCUAUCCUGUCUUCAAAGCCAUGGGAAUGCGAAGCAGUUUUCCUCUACCCUCCUGGAAAGAAGUGUCUGCCCAGAUAUUGUUCUACUUCAUCAUUGAGGAUUUUGUUUUCUAUUGGGGACAUCGGAUCUUGCACUCAAAAUGGCUUUACAAGAACGUCCACAGUGUGCAUCAUGAAUAUGCCACACCGUUCGGUUUGACAUCAGAAUAUGCUCACCCCGCAGAGAUUCUAUUCCUGGGAUUUGCUACCAUAGUUGGUCCAGCUCUCACAGGCCCCCACCUGAUUACGCUCUGGUUAUGGAUGGUUCUGAGAGUGCUUGAGACAGUGGAAGCACAUUGUGGCUAUCAUUUCCCAUGGAGUCUCUCAAAUUUCCUUCCUCUGUAUGGAGGUGCUGACUUCCAUGACUACCAUCACCGCCUCCUCUACACAAAGUCUGGAAACUACUCUUCAACUUUUGUGUAUAUGGACUGGAUCUUUGGUACCGAUAAGGGCUACAGAAGACUCAAGUCUCUUAAAGAAAAUAGCAACUUGAAACAAACGUGAAACUACCUGUUUGAAUUGCAGUGAAAAAAUUUUAGCUGGAAAUGCAUAUUUGCUGAGUGUCCGUUUUGCAUCUCUGUGGAGGUCUUUCAUUCUGCAACCUCGUCUUCUCGUCCAUGUUGAUGCAGCUGUUCUGUGACUUAGUUCAUUAUGUGUGUCUAGAAUUGCUCCUAAUGUGCCCUCCUUGAAAAACAUUUGGUACUUCUAGCUGAAUAGCCUGUGUUGUGUUGGAUUUGGCAAUUGAAUCAUUUGGUAUGAGUCAGCUAUUUGAUUUGUUGCUUAAUAUCACACACGUCUUUCUUUUUUC